UGGUUCUUCGUUCUUCUAAUCCCCGAAGCAGGCAUCUUCUUCAUCUUCGGGCGUUGCUACAUGCCCAUCACCUUGAUCAUGCCCUAGCUGUCAGAGGCUAAAAUAUUCCUCUACGGUCGAUCUUUUGUCUGCACUCAAUGCUGACUUUGAUCCCUUCCACAGUAGUCUCCCAGCAUGCGAAGUCCCGGAAGCAUACAAGUGGACUAAAUUCUCGAGCCUGAAAUGGUGGCUGAAUCGAUCUCCGAGGCAGAAGAAUUAUAUAUAGCUGCAGCUAACCAUCGUCUCCCACCAACUUGACCUAAUUCCAGCAUGUACAUGUGCUGCGUAAGCCAAAUCUAACCCCUCGAUUGCCAGUCCAUGUCGGGCGGGGGACCAUAAGAGGUGGAUGCGAUGCGAGAUAAUUUAGUCCACAAGGCAGCUGGGCAGAUACCAGCUUUGAUAGAGGGCUUGAAGAGGAAGAGGGGCAGGAUGAGCACCGGUGCGCGGAAGAGGAGAAGCAGCUCAUUUUUGUCCCUUGGCUGUGGCUGUACCGACUCCAAAUCGGUCUCGGUGUUAGGCAGCUUCGGCAGCAAAUCUACGUCGACUCUGCCACCGGCGCGCAGGGUCGCGGAAUUCUCUUCUGCGGAUACCAUCACCCCCACCUCCGGAUCCUCCUCUUUCUACGAGGAGGAGGAUGUGGAGGUGAAGAUGGAGAGAUCCACGAGCACGCCGAGCUUUUCGGAGCUUCUACGCCAACUCAACGAAUUGGAGCAGAGCGUGAUCGCUUGCGGGAGCCACGCUCCCCUGUCCAUCGAUGGCAAAAGAGAUGAGAAGAAGGGGAAUCGGUGGAGCAGCGGCCAAGGAGGGCAAGGACUGGAGGACAGCAUCGUGGUGGUGAAGGAGACGGAGGACCCGCUCGGGGAGUUUCGGCGGUCGAUGCUGCAUAUGAUCGUCGAGAAGGAAAUCGUGGAUGGUGCGGAGUUGAGGGAGCUGCUCCGCCGUUUUCUUGCGCUCAAUUCCCAGCGGCACCAUCGCACCAUCCUCCGUGCGUUCGCCGAGAUAUGGGACGACGUGUUCUCCGGGUACGAGCAGACCCCCGAUCUUCUCCGCCAUGGCUACUCCGGGCUUCCACCUCGCCGGCAUUUCUGAGAUGCAGAAGCAGAGCCACAACCAAAAGCUACAUCCAUCCAUCUAGAUUAGUUUACAUAAAAUAGAAGACACAACUCCUUAGCAGACAGGACAAACGAAUUCAACAUCUUGGUCUCCACAGAACGACACUAGUUUCAAUCGACCCUUCAACACGCCAAUGCUCUGGUGGCGACGCUUAUCUGCACGACGUAGGUUUAGUUGACUUUUAGGUGCUGUCUUGUGAUUUCACGCUUCCCGAUGGACUUUUAGAGUGCAAAUGCGAGCUGGAAGCAUGGAGCUGUGGAAGGGAUGCUAAGCUUCGCUAAGGUUUGCUCCCUCGGCCAAAUGUAAGUGAGCUCUCGCGAUCAGUUCACCUACCACACAUCAAUGCAACCGGUUUCCAGUGGAA